AUGCCUGAACCAAAUGUCAGGGACGGUGCUGAUUCUGAUUAUGAAUCGGAUUCAGCUUCGGAAGACUCUUCCUUGGGUAAUAAUGAGAAAAUUAAAACAAGAAGACCUGGUGAUAAUGCCUUUAGACAACAACGUUUGAAAGCUUAUAAUCCUGUUUUCACUUCUAGAACUGUUAUUCCUAUAUUGAUAAGUAUAGCUGUUGUGUUUAUUCCAUUAGGAGCUGCUAUGUGGUAUGCUUCUCAUGUGGUUCAAGAUUUUGCUAUUGAUUAUUCUCAAUGUCAAAAUUUAGCUUCAGCAGAUUAUUGGUCUGAAAUACCAGCAAACUAUACUACUUAUAAUUUCCGUAAUGCUAAUGAUUCAUUUGUUGCAGUUUGGAAAUUGGAUACUGAUGAAAGUCAACCAUUUGAAGAUCAACAAGCGGUUUGUAAAAUUCAAUUUAAUGUUCCUCAAACUUUAAAAGCUCCAAUUUACUUUUUUUAUAGAUUGAAUAAUUUCUAUGCCAAUCAUCGUCGUUUUGUUAAAUCAUUUAGUGAAGAUCAAAUAGAAGGUAAAGCUGCAUCAGAAAAUGAUAUUAAAAAUACUGUGGGUCAAAAUUGUCAACCUUUAUCAACUGAUGAAAAUGGUAUGAAGAUUUAUCCAUGUGGGUUAAUUGCUAAUAGUUUAUUCAAUGAUACUUUCACUCCUACCCUUACGGCUGUAAAUGGUACUUCAAAUGAUUAUGUCAUGACUGAUGAAGGUAUUGCAUGGGCUACUGAUAAAAAUAGGUUUAAGAAGACUACUUAUAAUUAUACUGAAAUUGUUCCACCUCCAAACUGGUAUAAAUCAUUUCCAAAUGGUUACAAUGCUACCAAUGUUCCAGAUAUUUCUACUUGGUAUCAAUUCCAAAAUUGGAUGCAUGCUUCUGGUUUACCAAACUUUAACAAAUUAGCUCUUCGUAAUGAUCAUGAUGCUCUUGAACAAGGUACUUAUGAAAUUUCUAUUGGAUUACAUUUCCCAGUAUUACCUUAUAAUGGUAACAAAUACGUCUAUAUAAGUCAAAGAAGUGCUAUAGGGGGUAAGAACAUCUUCUUAGGUGUGAGUUGGAUAGCUGGUGGUGGUGUUUGUCUUAUCUUAGGUUUAACCUUAUUGAUUGUUAACUUUAUCCAUCCAAGAAAGACUGGUGAUGUCAACUUAUUAAGUUGGAAUAGAGAAAAGAUUUUACAAGAUGAAAAGGAAGAAGCAUCUUCUGAUUCAGGUCUCGCCACUGGAGUUGAAAAGAUUCCUCAACAACAUUAA